AUGGCACAUGAGGGGGCAUCCUCUGAGAAUGUCUCGUGGAAAGUCUUUGAAGAAUUUCAUAUAGAUGAAAAUGUGGGCUUUGCUCUGCGAAAACCACUGGAGGAGCUACCUUGCCCUUAUGAUGAAUGGAUUGACAUUGCUAAAAACCUGCCUGAACUGAUUGAAACUAACCAACUACGGGCAAAAGUUGAGAAGUUACCAGAACUCGAAAUUGAUGGACUCGGAAGCCACAAAUCUCAGCGCCUUGCACAUCUGGUGCUAAGCUAUAUCACCAUGGCAUAUGUAUGGAAUAAAGGUGAUGAGGAUAUCCGAAAGAUUCUCCCACGCAAUAUUGCUGUUCCUUACUGCAAGCUUUCGGAGAAAUUGGGAAUGCCUCCUAUUCUGAUUUAUGCUGACUGUGUCUUGGCAAACUGGAAGAAAAAGGAUCCCAAUGGACCAAUGACUUACGAGAAUAUGGACAUUCUGUUCUCGUUUCCUGGUGGGGAUUGCAGUAAAGGAUUCUUCUUGGUUUCCCUCUUGGUGGAAAUAGCAGCUGUUCCUGCAAUCAAAGUAAUUCCCACUAUAUACCAUGCACUGCAACAGGAGGACUGUGAAACUUUACAAAAGGCUCUAUGUGAUGUAGCUUCUUGUCUGGACAAAGCCCUUGAAACGUUUAAGCAAAUUCAUGUACAUGUGGACCCAAAUGACUUUUUCAAUGUUCUUCGUAUAUACUUGGCUGGUUGGAAAGGCAACUCCCAGAUGCCAGAGGGUCUGCUGUAUGAGGGAGUCUGGGACACCCCUCAGGCAUAUGCAGGCGGCAGUGCAGCCCAAAGCAGCCUCUUUCAGUGCUUUGAUGUUCUUCUGGGCAUUCAGCAUCAAGAUGGAGAAUCUUCUAAAUUCCUCCAGGACAUGAGAACAUACAUGCCACCAGCUCACAGGAACUUUCUUCGAUCAUUAGAGUCAGAGCCCUCAGUUCGUGAAUUUAUCAAGUCAAAAAAUGAUGCUAACCUUAAGGACUGUUAUAAUAAGUGUGUGAGUGCCAUGGUUGCCUUAAGAAACUACCAUUUGGCUAUAGUGUGUAAGUACAUCGUGACCCCUGCACGCCAGCAGUCUCAGAAAAACCAAACAGCAGAAGAGUCAGAAGCAGCAGAAAAUAGGGGCACUGGAGGCACCAAUAUCAUGGAUUUCCUAAAGACUGUUAAAAACAGAACUCAGCAUUUCCUAUUGUAGUGAUAUUAAUGCAAACCAAACAAGGGCACAGCAAGAGAUUUAGAAGUCCUUUGAUCCAGCUAUAAUUAAAUGCUUUUCUGUGUGAUACCUAUUCCACACUGCAAUCCUUCAAAAUCUCAGAUAUACUCCUAUAUGUUCUCUACAGCAAUAAGAAGUCUUUCAAAUUUCCUAUUCGAUUGUAUGUUUUCUUGCUACAUAAUAAACUGAGGAUC